AUGUCAUUCCACGAGCGCAACGCCAAGAAGCGCAAGAUUGGCCACAAUGGUCGGGCCAAUCCCUCCCAAGACAGGUCCUCCUUCAAGCCAUCCGCCAUCUUCAACCCUCUUGAAGGUGGUCGUGACUGGACAAUAUCUGUCGCUGUGCCGAGCAGUGUUCUUGCCAAUCUUGUUACCGCGGAUCAGCGCCUCACCCUGCCAGGGCGAAUCGCACGUGCUCUAGCAGUGUUCUCCGUCGACGAAGUCAUUAUAUUUGACGACUCACCUCCCGCUUCGCGCCUUCGCAAUGUCGACCCCAACUCAUACACUGGCGAUACAGACCCCUGCCACUUCAUCGCCCAUAUUCUAUCCUAUAUCGAGGCACCGCCAUUCAUGAGGAAGACCCUGUUUCCACUGCAUCCCAAUCUCCAGAAGACGGCGCUGCUACCGAGUCUCGACAUGCCCCACCACCCCAACCCGAAAGAAUGGAUACAGUAUAGGGAAGGUGUGACAGUUGCGGGACGAGCACAAAAUGGGGGCACCCUGGUGGAAGUCGGCCUCGAGGAGCCUGUGGAAAUCGCUGAGCAGAUCCCCCCGAAAACUAGAGUAACACUGCAGUUCCCUGAGGACGAGAAUGCGGCUCCUCAAUGCAUUCAUCCUGAAGCACCGAGAACAGAGGGUGGAUACUACUGGGGCUAUCAAGUGAGGAAGUGCGCCUCACUCUCGGCAAUUUUCGAGGAGAGCCCCUUUGAGGACGGUUAUGAUCUCAGCAUCGGUACCUCAGAACGUGGAGAGCCAGCCUCCAAGGUCUUUCCGGCCGGGAAGCGGGUCGCUCCGUUCAAGCACUUAUUAGUGGUGUUUGGUGGGCCGAGGGGACUGGAGUACGCUUCCAUGAACGACGACAAACUGAAGGGGAUGGGCGUGCAGGGGGCCAAGACGAAGGAGCUCUUCGACCAUUGGGUCAAUAUCUUGCCAAACCAGGGAAGCAGGACGAUACGAACAGAAGAGGCCCUGUUGAUCGGAUUGACGACAUUGCGGGGAAUCUGGGACAGCAGCUAA